CCUGCUCUUAUAAAUCAUCACGGAUCCCGUCGAGUCGGUACCGGAGAAUGAGAGACACACCGACGACGCGCCACACGACAAGACAUUGGACCUGUCAGGUCGCUUUUUACUUCCACGUCCUCGUUUUUCCAGGUGUUCUAUAGUGGGAGACAAGAUGGCAACGUCCGACAGCGCCACGUUGAGUAAAACCGUCAAGCAGCAGUACAUGGAGCUCCCUCAGGGGGGUAAAGUCCAAGCCAUGUACAUCUGGAUUGACGGAACCGGGGAGGGACUGCGAUGCAAAACCAGGACGCUGGAUUCUGAGCCCAAAAGCAUUGAAGAUCUCCCCGAGUGGAACUUUGACGGCUCCAGUACCAACCAGGCCGAGGGCUCCAACAGCGACAUGUAUCUGCUUCCUAGUGCCAUGUUUAGGGAUCCGUUCCGCAAAGACCCCAACAAGCUGGUCCUGUGUGAAGUGCUCAAGUACAACCGCAAACCUGCAGAAACCAACCUUCGCAUCACCUGCAGCAAGAUAAUGGCGAUGGUGGAGGACCAACAUCCCUGGUUUGGCAUGGAGCAGGAGUACACCAUCCUGGGCACAGACGGCCACCCCUUCGGCUGGCCAUCCAAUGGUUUCCCCGGCCCACAAGGUCCGUACUACUGUGGCGUGGGGGCUGACAAGGCCUACGGCAGGGAUAUAGUGGAGGCCCAUUACAGGGCGUGUCUGUACGCUGGAGUCGAGAUCUGUGGCACAAAUGCAGAAGUGAUGCCGGCCCAGUGGGAGUUCCAGGUGGGACCGUGUGAGGGGAUCAGCAUGGGGGAUCACCUCUGGGUGGCACGCUUCAUCCUGCAUCGUGUCUGUGAAGAUUUUGGCGUCGUUGCUUCAUUUGACCCCAAGCCCAUCACUGGCAACUGGAACGGUGCCGGCUGCCAUACAAACUUCAGCACUAAAGAGAUGCGGGAGGACGGCGGGUUAAAAGCCAUUGAAGAUUCCAUUGAGAAGCUUGGGAAGAGGCACCGCUAUCACAUCCGUGCAUACGACCCCAAGGGGGGGCUCGACAACGCCCGCCGCCUCACCGGCCACCACGAAACCUCAAACAUCCACGAGUUCUCCGCCGGCGUGGCCAACCGCGGCGCCAGCAUCCGCAUUCCCCGCAACGUCGGCCAGGAGAAGAAGGGCUACUUCGAGGACCGUCGCCCGUCGGCCAACUGUGACCCGUACGGCGUGACGGAGGCCCUGAUCCGCACCUGUUUGCUGAGCGAGGAGGGAGACGAACCCGCGGAUUACUAAAUCCACUAUUCUAUAAACUCCCACUGUCAUCCUGACCUUCUUUUCUUUAAACUAGUACUGUAUUUUUUUUUUUCUUUCUCCCACUGAGAUGAUCUUUAACCUGCAUUUUAAUGGCUAAAAGUUGGCUGGUCAACUUAAAACAUGACACGGUAAUGAUGUCCUUGGUAGUUAUACGCUGGUAAUUACAGGGUACGUCUUUCCUCUCGUCUUUAGAAGGGAUCGACUUUUGUAACCAUGUUUUUUAUGUUUCCCUUUCUGUUUGACUAAAAUGAACUAAAGCGCACAGGACCCUGGAGAAUAAUGCUGCUAAAGGCUGGACAGCAUGUGUAACUUAAUAAAAUUCUGAGUAGUUCAUGUACUGUUAAAAAAAAAAAGUGACCUGCCUUGUCAAGGAUCCAGUCUUCAAUGUUACUAAUUCUUUAUGAAGUGUCUAUUUUUUUAAAUGGCAAUGUUUGUCUUCAGAUUUUGGCACACUGGGUCGACUCGUACGGUACAUUGUAGAUGUCUGAACCCAGACGCAUGUUGUUCAACUGGUGCAUUUGUCAUUAUGCCAUUUGUAGAUUUCCUCAAGGAGUUUUAUCCUUUUGUUAACAGCGAUAUUGUAAUGUACCUGAUUUGGCAACACCUCGUUUACUGGACCUGGUGGUUUUUAUUGAUACAUUUAAAACUUUUAUUUUACCACAA